UUUCCUCGGAUCCAUUGCCAUGGUUUGCAUCUUCCUCCUCGCUUGAAGAGUCGGUGACAUCGAGUCCGUGAAAAAUUGACCUCUUUUCUGACCUCGCCAAACCUCUCAACAUUCUAGGCGAAUCGAGAUCAACCGACGCGGAACCUUCGAUUCUAAAACAGGAUUCAAAACAGAGAUGUCGAAUUUCUCCAAUUUCAUCAUCUUCCUUUUACUUCUCAUCCUGCCAACAACCAACAAUGGAAUCGGCGAACUGCUCGGCCUGUCACUUCACUGUUCCUCGUGACUCAUCCGCUCGGCCAGUGCUAUCAUUGACCGCCUCGACUUUGACCCCGCGGGAUGGAGCUCCUCAUCAUCACCACAUCAAUACCUUUCCUUUCUACGUCCACGCUUCUGAGUAAACAUAGCAUUAGGGUCUAGGAGAUAUAGCAUUCACGAGCCCAUCCAGCUUCUUUCCCGUACCCUAUCCGCUUCAGUCGCUCGCGUCGCCGACGCUACCCCGCGCUGUCCCGACCGCGCAAUCAACCUCUCUGCGAUCAGCGUCCAACUUCUUGGUGUUUCCUUUUCGGCUCGUCGUCCUUGUCCCCACACCGCAAGACUUGCGGCUUGCGCCUAUCCACGAGCGGGUCGCGUUCCUGCAGAGACAGCAAAACCUUCUUCAGAUUCGACGGGGACCUCUUUUCCUUCCUCCUUGCACUUGCGCGCGGGUGUCCGUCUUCCUAUCAUUUUCCUACCGGCAUCGAUCCGUAGCCACUGCCACGUUUUUGUCUUAGCAACCUAGUUUGCACGAAGAAUACCAGUAGGAAAACUUGAAAUGAGUUCAACAGUGGUUAGGUUGCUUCCGGUGGAUGCUGGCUGGCUUGGCAAGAACGAGAUGAAGAGAUUUAAUAUUAGUCGAGGAAGAGGUCCUGUACUGGUUGUCAGGGCAUCUGUGGCUUCUAAAUCACUGGAGUGCCAAAAGACAAAUGUAAAGUACCCAGGGAAGGAGGUUCACAUUGGAGUUUUAGGUGCCAGUGGUUAUACUGGAGCUGAGAUUGUUCGGCUCCUAGCAAAUCACCCACAUUUUGGUAUUACACUGAUGACUGCUGAUAGAAAAGCAGGGCAAUCAUUUGGAUCGGUGUUUCCUCACUUGAUUACACAGGACUUGCCUAAUAUGGUUGCAGUUAAAGAUGCUGACUUUUCUAAUGUGGAUGCUGUAUUUUGUUGUUUGCCACAUGGGACAACACAGGAUAUUAUCAAAGGCCUUCCCAGGGAUCUAAAGAUUGUCGAUCUCUCUGCAGAUUUUCGAUUGCGUAACAUCAAUGAAUAUGAAGAAUGGUAUGGUCUGCCUCAUAAAGCACCUGAAUUACAGAAAGAAGCUAUAUAUGGGUUGACAGAAGUUUCGAGAGAUGAAAUACAAAAUGCACGACUAGUUGCAAAUCCUGGCUGUUAUCCAACGUCCAUCCAACUUCCUCUUAUUCCAUUGAUAAAGGCUCAUUUAAUUGAAACCAGGAAUAUCAUUAUUGAUGCAAAGUCUGGAGUUAGUGGUGCAGGUCGUGGAGCAAAGGAGGCUAAUCUUUACACUGAAAUUGCAGAAGGUCUUCAUUCUUACGGAAUCACCAAGCAUCGACAUGUUCCUGAAAUUGAACAAGGACUUACAGAUGCUUCAAAUUCUAGAGUAACUGUUAGCUUCACUCCCCAUUUGAUUCCUAUGAGCCGUGGGAUGCAGUCGACCAUAUAUAUUGAAAUGGCUCCUGGAGUAAAUGCCAGUGAUUUAUAUGACCUUUUGAAAUCUACUUAUCAGGAGGAAGAAUUUGUUAAACUGUUAGAUAAAGGACGUGUACCCGAGACCCGUCAUGUACGAGGAUCAAAUUAUUGCUUGAUGAAUGUCUUCGAAGAUCGAAUCCCUGGCAGAGCUAUCAUAAUUUCUGUUAUCGACAAUUUAGUGAAAGGAGCUUCUGGUCAAGCAUUGCAGAAUCUUAAUUUGAUGAUGGGACUUCCAGAGAACACAGGGCUGCAACAUCUGCCGUUGUUUCCUUGAACUAUCUGCAUGUGUAGGGUAAAUCGGAAACUUGUUAUCUCGCGUUUGGUAAGUUCAAUUUGAGCAGACGAUGAUUGAAGGUGCAGGAAUGUGACGUUGCUUGGAUGCUGCUCGCACAUCGACUAUCUAGUUCAAUCUUGAUGCAGUGUGCAGGUAUUUUAAUUUUAUUUCUGUUCCCUUCAUUUGUACUGUUAUUGUUCCAGAUAAAAUUGCUGACUUUGGCUGUGAGAUUGGAGAAUAAAAUGUUGGCAUUAUUCGCUGAAAAA